AUGACCAAGCCACAAAUUUCUGGGACAGCAGCACAGAAAAGGCCCAUGGAAUACUCAAAUCCCAGCAGCAAGCAGUCUACGUUGUCAGCGGUAUCUGCGCAUGCUCUGACGGAAUUGCCACCUUCAUUGUGGCCGUCCGAGGUAGUCUAUCUUCAGCUACCCGUAGCAUCGCCUCACUUGAACGACUGCCAACAAAAAUGGCUUCGUCGGAAACCCCGACCGUCCCUUGAAAAGCCCAGCGAAGCUGGCUCGAGCAUAGCUUCCGAACUUCUCACUAUCAGGUUACCUCUUACAAGGGAAGACAUCGAUGCUAGGAUCGAAGUGAAGGAAAUCCAGGAUGAACAGCACCCUGCUCAUGGUCAACUUGGUUUAUUUGCAGAGCGUGAUUUAGCACCUGGGGAACUGAUCGUGCCAUACAUUGGCUAUGUGCACAGCAACACUGGCUCUGAACAAGCACAAUACGAAGCUAAGCAGUUGGAGCACAAUUUACUACUUCCGAAGUUUGAAGAGUCACAGACCACUACCAAAAAUAGUGAUGGUCACGAUGGCUUAGAUCUACCGCAACACAAUCCUACACAACUUCCGAUCGGCUUUUGGGACGCAUCGGAGUACGAUCUCAAUCUCUACCGUGACGAUGAUAUCGAGCUCGCCGUGGAUGCUUCACAGAUGGGUAACGAAGCCCGUUUCUGCAAUGACUAUCGUGGCGUGUCUGCUCAAAUCACAGGUGAGGAGACGAAGCACUGGGACCGACAGUCGAAGCGUUCAGCUAGGAGCUGGAACCAACCUGAAGAUGCCACUGCAAUUGAGGACAAAAAUUAUUACUCCAUGCCCAAUCACAUAGCGAUGCCCAACGCCGAAUUUCGCAGUGUCUGGCUCGAAUGGGAUGCUAACGAUGAUGCAGAAGAUCACAAAACACAGCCUAGGUCUACCUCAGUUGAGGCAGCUGGAAUGGAGCAGGGCAUACGCGAUGUUGUCUUGAGCUGUGCCAGCAAGCAUGAGCAGAGUAGCUCAAAGAAAGAGAUUAAGAAUUCCAGAAAUAUUCAAAAUAAGUCGAAAGAAGCCAAACAUCUCCGGCGUCAACAACGAAGAAACAGGAUCGGCAUGCAGGGCGUUGCUAUCUUUGUUCUCCCGGCUGGAAAAAGCGGCAAGCGCAAGCAUGGCAUUCGAGCUGGCCAAGAGGUCUUGGUCAGUUAUGGCAAAGGCUUCUGGGCGCACCAUGGGAGUACUACGAGUGCUUAG